CGUCGUCGACAAACCUCGUACGCUUCCGUUAUAAUAAGUGGGACAUUUAAACUGAAAUGUUUGCUUCGCUCAGUAUUCUCAAACAACCAGUGCCAAUUUGUCCUUCAAAACGGUUGUGAUACGAAACGCGACCCUCGUUUUAUUUAUAUAUAAAUAACGUUAUUAUAACUUAAUUAUCAUAUGAUGUGGGAAGUACCGAAGUUAAAAUAUCUAAUUUAACCGUAAAAUUAAAAAAAAAAUUAAUCGAUUAUUAGAUUACAAGAAAAAAGAUAAAAAAUCAUGUCUAAGUCGAGUUACUCCUGCGUUCGAUAUCUCUUUUGCUGGCUGAACGUUGCUCUGUGGAUAUCUGGAUGUGGAAUUUUAGGCGUAGGAAUUUGGUUAAAAGUGGCGUGUGAGGGAUUAGCAAAUUUAUUACCACAAUUUGCACUUCUUGGCGCGGACACUUUAGCAAUCGCCGUUGGUGUAAUAACGUUCGUUUUGGCAUUUUUCGCAUGUUGCGGAUCAUGGUGUCAAAAUCGAUGCAUGUUAAUCACAUAUUUUAGUUUAGUGGUGUGCAUGUUCCUAGCAGAAUUCUUAGUAGGAUCGUUGGCAUUUAUUUAUCGCGAGAAAAUCGGACACGUCUUAAAAGAAGAACUAAGAAACGGAAUACAACAUCAUUACAAUAUUAAUGACACCCAACCGAAUAGUUUAGGAUCCAUUUGGGAUAAAAUUCAAACGGAUUUGAAAUGUUGUGGUGUUGAAAAUUACGAAGAUUGGUUUAUGAUUAAAGCUUGGGAAGACAAACGUUGGGUUCCCGAAUCUUGCUGUUACCCCGAUAUCCUUUACGACAAACCAAAUGGUACAUAUUGCGGAAGAAAAUUAAACAGCGCUGAUAAUUGGUACGAUAGAGGUUGUUAUUCAGAAAUUCAUAAUUGGUUCAUAGCGAGACUUUAUGUUAUUGGUGUCGUUGGAUUAGGAAUUGCAUUUAUACAGUUAUUUGGGUUAAUCUCAUCCAUGUUAUUAUUUUGUACGGUUAAACAUAAAAGGCACUAUUAUACUUAUAAAUCGUACGAUAUGAGUUAGUUCUAAAAAUUAAAAUGUUAAUGAAUCGUUGUUAAUAAUUGUUAAUAUUUAUAUUGUAAUCGUUUAAUGUUUAAAAGAUUUUAAUGUGAAUUUUCUAAUUAAACUUUAAAAAGUAUUACAAAAAAAA